AGAAGGAAGAAAGAGAGAGCGAGGGAGAGAGAGAAGGAAGCAGCUGACAGCCAUUUGCUACUCCAGGGCCUGAUAGGAGCCCUCCGGGGGUCUGAUUCGGCCCCCAGGCCGCAUGUUUAACACCCCAGUUUACAUUUAAAAUACACCGCCUUUGGUGCCCCCUAGAGGACGAGCGAGCUAGAAAACCUUCCCGCUGACGUCAUCCGCGGAAGGAAGGAAGGAAGGCCGUUUCCUCCACUGCAGAAAACUUAGCGCACAGGUUCCGUCCCAAAGAAGCAUUCCCCUUCUCCCUCUUAGGGCAAGGGUGGAAGAGGAUGGUGGUGACCCCCACUGGAACAGCCUCACUUCCUCCCUCCGCAGCCGGCUUUAUAGCAGAGUAUGGAUCAAGAAGCGAGUGCUGAAGAAGCGCAAGAGUUGCUCUCUGCGGCUCACUCACAGUUCCAGCAGCGGCGUUUCGAGGAGGCGGAGGAGCUCUACAGCCGCUUCCUGCAGCACUGCGCAUGCGACGGUUUGAGCGAAUGCGGCAGCCGAGAUCUUGCAACUGCGCUUAACAACCGGGGACAGAUCAAAUACCUGAGAGUCGACUUCUAUGAAGCAAUGGAUGAUUACACAUCAGCUAUAGAAGCCCAGCCUGAUUUUGAAGUACCGUAUUAUAACAGGGGUUUAAUAUUAUAUAGGCUAGGAUACUUUGAUGAAGCCCUGAAGGACUUCAAGAAGGUUUUAGAGCUAAACCCCAACUUUGAAGAUGCUUCUUUGAGCCUGAAACAGACUAUUAGAGAUAAAGAAGAAAAGCAAAAAAGAGCCUAUUAAAAAUAUACUGCUAUUCAUGGAAAUCGUGUUGAGACUGAAUAAUCGAAAAAAGUGAUAACAGAAAAACUGCUAUUUCUGUUCACCCCUUCCCUUAUUUUACCUCUGCCCCCCAAAAGGGGGGUGGAAACCCUGAAUAAUAAAUAAAUGUAUGUGCUGUAAUUAAAAUGUAAACUAUAUACACGUUGUGGUAUUUCUGUAAUACCAGAGCUAAACAAAAGCACAGUUGUGAACCUUGUCUGAGAUGUUGUUCAUUGUAACCUAAAAUGGUUUAUAAUAUAAACCUUAUAUAUAACACAACACAUGUAUUUAGUAAAGAUUAUUAACCCUGACAAGCCAUUAAAAUUAAAGAAAUAAA